CUGGGCUCCCAAUCACCACCAACUUCACUUAUCAACCCUCUAAAAAAAACUUGUGCACAGACAGCAUUAAAUCAUAACGUCACCACCACUAUCAAUCGCUCUACUAACACAAAAGCAUACUAACUAUAAGAGAUCUCAAUACAGCAAAACCGGGGAACCACACCCCCCCCUUCUUUCGGCACAAGAGAAAAGAUGCAACCAACACCAGGGACAGCCGAGGACGAGGACCAGAAGAACCCUCUGAUCUACCUCCAUGCCGAACUCCUCCCGCACAUCCGUCACAUCACCCUCUAUGUCUCUGUUCCUGCUGAGGACAGCGACGCCCAUGCCCAAUCGCAAGACACCUGUCCUAAAUCAGCGAAGGAAACAAAGGGAGGAGAUAUGCAAAUCACACUCUCCGAGUCCCGGCGCGCGGUGUCGGUGUCAGUCCCACCGGCGGUCUCGCCACAACUGCCGGAGAACCGUGGCGAUGAUGCUUCUCCCGAAACAAGAGCAGCGAUGGACGCGGAACCCGAAACGGAAACGAUGAAACUCCCCGCGCGCGUCACGGAGGCCGCACGAUAUGUGCUUCGCGCCCCGCAGUGGCAGCGUACUUCUUCUGAGGGGAGGAGGCGGGAGGCGUCGUUUCGGAUGCAGGUUGUUGGGGAGGGUACCGGUGAUCAGACAAAUGGGACUGGAUUGUUGGCGGGGAGGGGCGGGGAUGAGGAGCUGGGGGGCGGGUUUGUGCCGUGGAGGGCGCCGGAUAUGCGGCCGGGGACGCGGGUCAGGUGUCGUCGGUGUGAGAGCGUGGUUCUGGAUCAACCUGCGCGAUCGGCGGAGGGGUGGGUGUGGAAGGACCUGCCCAGUGGGAAUUGGGCGGAGAUGAUGGAUUUUUGGCAUUGUCAUAAGCCGGAUCCUGAGGGUGGUCAUGAGCAUGGAGAUGGUGAGGGUGAGGGCGGGCUUGAUGCCGGGGAGCAGCAACAACGGCAGCAGCAGCAGCAGCAGCAGCAGCAGGGUGCGAAAGCAGGUGGGGGAGGUCGAUCGGAAGAUCCGAAUGCAACGGUCAAAGGGUAUGGAGCUGCGAAUCAGGUCGUGGCUACUGUGGGCACGAUCCUGGUGGAUGUCGCGGCUUUUCUGGUGGCGGUGAAGGAUUGUUGGGGGGUGAUGAAGGUGCAAGAGAAGCAGGAAGGGGGGACAACUAAUGGCUCUUCCUCGGAAGGCUUCGUUGUGGGAUCAAGGCUGGCGCCCUCGCAUAAAGUUCCUUCGUUGUCUUUUGGUCCCGAGUUCAAUGGGAGUCGACGUGAUCAUGGCGAGGACCCGGACUCCGAUGAUAUCCGCUGCUGCAAUUGUAAUACAUUACUCGGCCAGGUCGAUCCUACAGCCCAAGGCUGGAGACUCUUCAAGACCGCUAUCUCCGCAACAAAGACGAAAACUGAUACUGGUACCGAGCAAAUGGAGUGGGAAUCCUACUCCAUCGAGGUCAUCAUCGCCGCCCAACUCCUGGAGCUAGUCGAACGAGAAAGCGCUCGUCGCUUCGUCGUGCACUGCGGACAUAGCAGUGGAUUGUUGAUCUGGGUCUUCAACCCCGACAUGCGGUAUUCCAACUCGAGCGCCCACCACAGCAUCGCCGCCCAACGAGCGAUGAAGGUCUUCUUCCAGCCUCUCCACAAUGUGGAGCAGACGCUGCACCCGGAGGUCGGCAAGCCGUCGACCACGCUGGCGUUGGAGGAGGUGCGGCUGCCGGAGGAGACGUAUCAGACUUUCGAGGAGGUGCUGCACCGGAGGAAUGCGAUGCUGCCCGUGUCGGCGAGGGUGUUUAGGGAGUGGAGGGUAGGGAUUUUGCAUCGGUUGCAGUGAUGUUGAGGGUUUAUGUCCUUGUUGGAAGGGAGGAAGGUGUGGAUUUUGUAUAUUGUGGAUGGCUGCUGAGGUUAGUUAGGGGAUGUUACGAUCCCGUUCUCAUAUUUGCUGGUUGCAUUUAGAUACGAUAUUGGUGUUUGGUGACUGGUAUGGAUACAAUAGGACCCAGGAAACCUCGUGUACUCUGGGCGUCCUGGCUGAUGUCUUGACUGGUUGAGGAGACCUUGAGCAGGCUUUCACUUGGAAGGCUAUUCGCAGGCCAUAAUAGAAUUAAGUCUUAAAGAUGC